UGAAAAACGUCAACCCGAAGCGAAAAGAACUGCAGAAGCACUAGGAGCAUGUGAACAUCGAAUGCAUUUUUUGGGAAGGACCAAGAUGGAACAUGGAAAAUCAAGCACAAAAUUUAUGUUGGGCACAGGAAAAGCGGCAGAAUGUUCUAGCACUGACCAUCCAGUUUGCAGCAAACACGAUUGUGAGCCUAAGAAAAACUAGAUUGUCGGAAAAUUCACAAGAUG